AUGUCAUCCGAGCACAGAGAGGGGAUGAGUGACCACCACGACAAGGACCGCAUAGCGGUGACACACGCUGAUGGCACCGUCGAUUACCUCGCCCGCGAGAUUGUCGGAGGCGACGUUGACGAGCUGCCCAAGGGCUACUUCCUCAGCUGGCAAUUCAUCGGGACCGUGACGGCGACAUGCACAGCCAGCAUCUGCGCCUACCUCGGCUGGGUGCUCCCGGCAAACACCCUCCUCCUCAUCAACGAAGACAUCGGACCCAGCGUGAACCUGAACUGGGUGGCCACGAUAUGGACACUCGGCAGCUCCAUCGGCUUCCUGCUCUUCGGCCGUCUAUCGGACAUCUUCGGUCGCAAGACCAUGGUCAUGGGCGUCAACGUGCUGGGACUUGUGGGCUGCAUCGUGGGCGCCACCGCCACGAGCAUCAACCAACUCAUCGGCGCCAACGGAUGCAACGGUCUCGCUGCUGCCGGCCAACUGUCGUUCGGUAUCAUCCUGGGUGAGCUGGUGCCGAAUAAGCAGCGUGGACCCAUCGUCACGCUUACCUUUUUCUCCUCCAUGCCGUUUGCGGUGUUCGGGCCCGUCAUCGCACGCUCGUUCAUCCUCAACACCUCAUCCGGAUGGCGCUGGUCGUACUAUUUGGGCAUCAUCCUGCAGGUCAUCACCCUAGUUCUGUACCAGUUUCUCUACCACCCGCCACACUUCAACCAGCUCCACGAAGGCAAGACCAAGUGGCAAGCGUUCAAGGAGCUGGACUUUGGCGGCAUCUUCCUCUUCGUAUCCGGCUUCGUGGUUCUCCUUAUCGGCUUGUCGUGGGGUGGCCAGGCCUAUCCAUGGAAGAGUGCUGAGGUCAUCGCGACCAUGGUGGUUGGUGGUCUGCUUGUUGUUACUUUUGUAAUAUAUGAGGCAUACAUAUUCAAAGGCGUCCCACUGAUGCCGCCGCGGCUCUUCCGCAAUGUCGGAUAUGUCGCCAUCGUCGGUUGCGCGUGCAUAGGCGCCAUGGUCUACUACGCAAUGACGAUCAUCUGGCCCACUGCAGUCGGGACACUCUACACCACCGACGUAAUGGAGAUUGGCUGGCAGAGCUGUCUUGUCGGCGGCUGCAUCCUCCUCGGCCAGAUCAUCGGUGGUCUGUCCCUCAGCUACGUGCCAAAGGUCAAAUGGCAAUCGAUCGCUUCUUGUGCCAUCGGAGGGGCCUUCAUCUCCAGCCUGGCGUCCAUCUCCCCUGGUGGCCAUACAGCUGCGAUCGUGCAAGGAUUCAUCGGCCUGACUGCCAUUGGCAUCAUCGACAACAUCACGUUUCCUGGCGUGACGCUGCUGUGGGAAGCUCAAGACAUCGGCCUGGCGACUGGCGUGCUGGGUUCUAUUCGCGGCAUGGGAGGCGCCAUUGCACAGUCGCUCUACGUGACCAUUCUCACGAACAAGGCCGGCACAUACACGGCUGAGUAUGUCACCGAAGCCGCAACGGAUGCCGGCUUGCCCGCGAGCUCGUUGGCUGCACUAUUCGCCGGGCUGACAACCGGCGACUUCUCUGCCGUGCCUGGCAUCGACAACAGCAUCAUCGCAGCGGUCGGCGCGGCCAGCCAGCAGGCGUAUGCGAGUGCGUUCCGGAUCGUCUUCCUGGCAACGAUUCCCUUCUCAGUCCUGCUGGUUGUUUGUGCGUGCUUCGUGCCGGACAUGGACAAGUAUCUGCACAACAAUGUGGCGAAGAAGCUCCAGGGCAAGGGAAUCGGCAGCAACAAGGAGGUGGUGGCCGACGUCGAGAAGGCUUGA